AUGGAUAAUGGAAACAAUGUGACUGAAUUUAUCCUAUUGGGACUUACAGAGAAUCCAAAGAUGCAGAAAAUCAUUUUUGUUGUAUUUUUUAUCAUCUAUGGUAUUACAAUGGUAGGUAACACACUCAUUGUCAUAACCAUCAACAUCAGCCCAACCCUGAAUUCCCCCAUGUACUUUUUUCUUGCCUAUCUGUCCUUUAUUGAUGCUUGUUAUUCUUCUGUUAACACACCUAAACUCAUUAUAGACUCACUCUAUGAAAAGAAAACCAUUUACUUCAAUGGUUGCAUGACCCAAGUCUUUGGAGAACACUUCUUUGGAGGGGCAGAGGGCAUUCUCCUUACAGUGAUGGCCUAUGACCGCUAUGUAGCAAUUUGCAAGCCCCUGCACUAUGUGAGCAUCAUGAAUUGGCGUGUGCGUUAUCUCUUGGUGGGUGUGGUAUGGAUAGGAGGCUUAAUCCAUGCAACCAUACAGAUGUUGUUCCUGAUCCAAUUACCCUUUUGUGGUCCCAAUGUCAUCGAUCACUUUAUGUGUGAUUUAAAUCCUUUGCUGAACCUUGCUUGUGCUGAUACUCACACCCUUGGCCUUUUUGUUGCAGCCAACAGUGGUUUUAUCUGUUUUUUAAACUUCCUCCUCUUAAUGGUUUCCUAUGCUGUCAUCCUGAGUUCUCUCAAGACUCACAGUGUGGAGGGGAGACGCAAAGCCCUCUCCACCUGCGGUUCCCACAUCACUGUGGUUGUCUUAUUCUUUGUCCCGUGCAUUUUUAUCUAUAUGAGGCCUGCGACAACCUUUUCCAUGGAUAAAGCUGUUGCAAUUUUCUACACAAUUAUCACCCCCAUGUUAAACCCUUUAAUCUACACACUGAGAAAUAACCAAAUGAAAAAUGCCAUCAGGAAAUUAUGCAGUCAAAAGGAGACUCUGGUUACCUAG